UUUCGGUCGUUCCUACGUGUUCGACGCUCGUCCCUAUAACCAACUCGCCACACCGAGAAGAAAAUUGCAUCACAAUAAAUCGUACUCGAACGACAAAACCGAUAGUCGCAUCAACGAGAGCAUAAGUGCUUAUGAAAUCGUCACGUGUUAGUGCAAACCUCCCCAUGAUCUGUUUUGCUCAUUGUAGUGAAAUACAAUUGGGAAACAUGACUGAAGCAAACGACUUGGACGUGUACUACAACACUGCCAAAAAAUUGAUUUUGUACGCUGGAAAGGUGAUAGAAGAGGGCAUCAAUGCAAAAAAGAACGUCAAGAGUAAGGGCAUCGAUUGGGAUCUUGUCACAGAAUACGACCGCCAAAUAGAGGACAAAUUGAUAAAGCAGUUAUCUAUAACGUUUCCCUCGCACAAAUUUAUUGGUGAAGAAACAGUGGCAAAAGAAGGUUGUCUACCGCAGCUAACUAACGAUCCUACAUGGAUAAUCGAUCCUAUAGACGGCACCACGAAUUUUGUACAUCGUUUCCCACACACAUGUAUUUCCCUAGCGCUAAUAAUAAACAAGAAGGCGGAAAUCGGUAUGAUUUACAACCCUCUCAUGAAACAAUUUUUUUCUGCAAGAAGACACUGCGGCGCCUUUCUUAACGGAAAAUCUAUAAGAACAUCGAAUGUCAAAGAUAUAUCUCAAUCAUUAGUAGCUAUGGAACCAUGGCUUGCGAAAGAUUCUCAAUAUUUAACUAGUAUAUACAACAGAAUGCAUACUUUAAUACAAAGCACUCAUGGGAUACGAUCUCUAGGCACAGCAGCGCUUACAUUGUGUUAUGUAGCAAUGGGUGCUGUAGAAGCAUAUCAUAUUGAAGGUAUAGAUGCUUGGGAUGUUGCAGCUGGAAAAUUAAUAAUUGAAGAAGCUGGUGGGGUUGUAAUAGAUACCGCUGGGGGUAAACUCAAUAUAAUGACACCAAAAGUUAUAGCAGCAUGUAAUCAAGAAGUCGCACAGCAGUUAGUAAAUCUCUUCAAGGAAGCAGAUUCUAAAAUACCUAAUAAAAACUUAAAUUGAUUAUAUUUUGAUACGUGCAACAUGUAUAUCUCUUAGUAUCAAAAUGUCUUGUAGAUAUUUUUAUAUUUAUAUAUUGACAUUAUCCUGAUAAUAAUUAAGAGAGGGGGGUAAUAAUAUAAAACCAGGUAUCAACAUAUUAAUGAAUGGUUAGUAAAUUAUAUUGUUAAUAAAAAUCUAUUUUACAACUCAUAUUAGCUAUGAAAAGUUAUAAAAUCCUACCAAUAUCAAUAUUCACCAAAUCUGAUCUCUCAUUGCAUUUUUAUUCUUCUAUGUCAUAGCACACAUUAAUUACAAUUAUUAAUAUAAUCAAUAUCAUGAA